AAAAUCCCCCUCCCUGUUUUCCCCCAAAAAAAAAUCAGUUUCACUUUGGAGUUUGGCCCUCCGACACUUCCUCUACUCUCACAGGGUUUGAAGAUAUUUGAAGGUAGUUGAAUCAGCAUAAAGAAGCAUUGUUGGAUCACAAGGUUUAUUAUGGUGGAUGGAGGCGCAGCGUUGGGUCCGCCUGCACUGAAGCAGGUGAAACUGGAGAAAGAGAGUGAGCUCAGGAUUGAAGUUAGUUUUAACACUUCUCUGCGCCUCAGGCUACUUAGCGGGAAUGCGGAGAUAUUUGGCACUGAGAUGCCUCCCAAAAAUUGGCUCGUCUUCCCUCCAAACAUGAAAUUUGCUAUAUUUACAUGGUAUGGAGCCACAAUUGAAAUGCAAGAUAACACUAAAACUGAUUACGUAGCAGAUGAGACGUCAAUGAUCAGUUAUGCAAAUGUGCAUGCUGUACUUGAAGAACGCAGAAAUCGUGCAAAAGCCUCUGCUAGUGAUUCUCAUGCUUCCCAGGGUCCCAGGGUGAUCGUAGUUGGGCCAACAGACUCUGGGAAAAGCACCUUGUCAAAAACGCUUCUUAGUUGGGCCGCCAAACAAGGAUGGAAACCUACGUUUGUGGAUUUGGACAUUGGCCAAGGAUCUAUAACCCUACCCGGGUGUAUUGCGGCUACCCCAAUCGAAAUGCCGAUCGAUCCAGUCGAAGGGAUCCACCCCGAUAUGCCUCUCGUUUACUUUUUUGGACAUAACACUCCCACUGUUAAUGCAGGUCUUUAUAGGGUACUUGUAAAGGAGCUUGCACAGAUCCUCAAAAGGCAGUUUGCUGGUAAUGCUGAAUAUAAGGCCGCAGGCAUGGUCAUCAACACCAUGGGAUUCAUCGACGGUCUUGGUUAUAAUCUUCUUUUGCAUGCAAUAGAUACGUUCCAAGCUAAUGUUGUUCUUGUUUUGGGUCAGGAGAAACUUUACAGCAUGUUAAAAGGUGUUCUAAAACGAAAGCCAUACGUGGAUGUGGUGAAACUUAAGAAAUCAGGUGGUGUUGUGUCGAGGAAUAAAAGGUUUCGAGCUAGCGCCAGGAGCCAAAGGAUAAGGGAAUAUUUUUAUGGUGUUUCAAAUGACCUUUCCCCUCGUUCAACUAUCGCAAAUUUCAGUGAUUUGGCUGUUUAUAAGAUUGGGGGUGGCCCACAGGCCUCGGCUUCAGCGCCGCCUAUUGGUGUGCGGCGUGUGGCUGACCCCAUGAGAUUGGUUCCGGUCAAGAUCAACAGGGAUUUGCUGAAUCUAGUUCUUGCUGUUUCAUUUGCCAAAGAACAAGAUCAGAUUCUUUCAAGUAACAUAGCUGGCUUUAUUUGGAUAAUGGAUAUCGACAUUCCAAGGAAGAAAAUCACAUAUCUUGCACCAUCAGGUGGGGAACUUCCUAGUAAAUUCUUAUUAAUGGGAAGCUUAACAUGGAUCGAAACCUAGAGUUCGUUGGAUUCAUAGGUAUUAGAAUUGGGUAAAAUCAUAUAAACUAUGAUGUGCUUAAUGCUUUUGGUCUUAAAUUAUGUAUUACUGUUGGUUGCAUCUUUUACUCUGUGUAUUUGAUGGUUUUAGGACCAUGAAUUGCUGUGUUUUCCGUGUUAUCUAUCCGGGAACACGGGCCUCUGGUCUAAUGGCUGGCUCUGGGUGCAACUUAGCACUUAUAAAUGUCACUAAUGACCAGGGACAGACCUGUAUACGUAA